AUGGAGAGAUCUGAUGGGAGAGAUCUCAAUGGCUUCAUCGACCCAUCCAGGAGCUCAGUUUCUGAUAGCGUGCUGUUUGAUGCAUCUCAAUAUACUUUCUUCGGGAAAGGUGCAGCUGAUGGAGUGGAAUUAGAGGGUUUGGAAGAUGAAAACGAGGAUGUUCCUGCAAUUGGAAGCAGAUUUAAUGGGGAAGAAGAUUUGAACGAGUACCAUUUGUUUGACAAAGAUGAGGGGUCGGGCUUGGGAUCACUAUCGGAUAUAGAUGACCUGGCUACUACAUUUGCUAAGAUAAACAAAGUUGUGUCUGGACCAAGGCAUCCUGGAGUUAUUGGUGAUAGGGGGUCUGGAUCUUUCUCAAGGGAAAGUUCAUCAGUCACAGAAUGGGCACGAGAUGCGGAUUUCCCUGAUUGGCUUGAGCAUCACAUAUCAGAUUCUGAAUGUUAUGAGGAAAACAAGAGAUGGUCAUCACAGCCCCAUCUCUCUUCACUGUUCCUUUCGGAAUCAAAACCAUUACAGAGAACUUCUUCAUACCCGCAGCCUCCACCACAACCUCUGCAACACUGUUCGAGCGAACCCAUAUUAGUCCCAAAAUCAUCUUUCACUUCCUUUCCUCCACCGGGUUCACAACAGCAAGCUUCAUCGUACAAUAAUAAUAAUAAUUCCUACCACUUUAAUCUGCCUUCACUUUCCGGUGGGUCUCAGUCUUCUCUAUCCACACCAAACAAUUCUUCCUUAAAUAGUUCUGCUCUCCAUUUGUCCGGCUUGUCUCGUGGGCUCCGUUAUAGCACGAACAUGUCCCAGUUGACCACUUCGCCAAAUCUCGCCCGCCAAAAUCGACUACAGAGCCAGUGGAGUAGCCAUGCUGGCCUUCUUCACGGGGACCAUUCGAUCCUCGUAAACAAUAUAUUGCAACAACAGUAUCAGAACGGGCUGCUGCCACCUCAGCUUCUGUCGUCCCCACAGCAGCAAAGGGGACAUUUUUCCUUCAACCCAUCUUUAGCCCAUUAUUCGGCAUUACAAAAUCAAAUCUUCAGCACUUUCCCCUCACCUGCCCAUCUGAGUAAAUACGGAUUGCCCGAAAAGAGAGGUUCGAAACCCAAGUCAAAUAAAAGCAAGCAGCACUCUGUUCGUUUUUCCCAACAGACUUCCGAUGCCAGCAGCAGCCUCAGGAGUGAGAGCAACAGUCUCCCGCAAUUCAGGUCAAAGCACAUGACUUCCGAAGAAAUCGAAAGCAUCCUCAAAAUGCAGCUUGCGGCAACCCAUGGCAAUGACCCGUACAUAGAUGAUUAUUACCACCAGGCCCGACUGGCCAAGAAAUCUGCCGAAACACGGUCGAGGUCCCGUUUUUGCCCAUCCACUCAAAAAGAACAGUCUUCUUCCAAAUCACGCAAUAGCACUGAUUCACAGCCGCACCUCCACGUGGACGCUCUCGGAAGGGUCGGUUUUUCGUCCGUCAGGAGGCCCCUCCCUCUUCUCGAGCUCGACCCGCCUCCCCCUGCCUGUGGAGAAAUUAUUCCCGAGCACAAAUCGUCCGAGAAGCCUCUGGAAAAGGAGCCGAUGUUUGCAGCUAGGAUUACGAUUGAAGAUGGGAUCAAUCUUCUUCUUGAAGUCGAUGACAUUGAUCGGCUCUUGCAGUUUACUCAGCCACAGGACGGUGGGACCCACCUCCGGCGAAAGCGCCAUGUCCUCUUGGAAGGCCUGGCCGCCUCUCUUCAGCUAGUCGAUCCUUUGGGGAAAAACGGGAAUUCGGUUGGACUUUCUCCCAAGGACGAUAUCGUCUUUUUACGGAUUGCUUCCAUCUCGAAGGGCCGGAAACUGGUCUCGAAGUUUCUACAGCUUCUUCUUCCCGGGUCCGAGCUUGUCCGAAUUGUGUGCAUGGCCAUUUUCCGGCAUUUGAGGUUUUUGUUUGGUGGCCUGCCUUCUGAUGCCGAAGCAGCUGGUACUGUAAAUGACCUUGCCAAAAAGGUCUCUCUUUGUGUGAGUUGUAUGGAUCUUAAUUCACUCAGCGCCUGUCUUGCUGCUGUGGUUUGUUCGUCCGAACAGCCGCCUCUCCGGCCAGUGGGCAGCCUCGCCGGAGAUGGCGCUUCUGUAAUAUUGAAGUCUGUUUUAGAGAGAGCCACUGUUUUGUUGAGAGACCCUCAGUUUGCCAGUAACUUCAGCAGCAUUCCUAAUCCCGCUCUCUGGCAGGCUUCAUUUGAUGCCUUCUUUGGUUUAUUAACAAAGUACUGUGUGGGUAAAUACGAUAGUAUUGUUCAGUCAUUGAUUGCUCAGAAUGUGCCGAGUUCAGAAAUAAUGGGUUCCGAGGCUGCAAAAGCUAUAAGUAGGGAGAUGCCUGUGGAGCUUUUACGUGCGAGUCUGCCACACACGGAUGAAAAUCAGAAAAAAAUGUUAAUGAAUUUCGCUCAGAGGUCGAUGCCAGUUACAGGAUUUAAUUCUCAUGGUGGGAAUAGCGGACAAGUAAAUCCUGAAUACGUACGAGGAUGA